AUGGGCACGGGCCCAUAUGGGAUUAACGCGCUCCAGCACGCCCAGUUCAACUGGGACCCCGAGACCGUGGGGAUGAUCCACGGCUCCUUCUUCUGGGGCUACAUCGUCACCCAGAUCCCCGGCGGCUUCAUCGCCCAGAAAUUCGCCGCCAACAGGGUGUUCGGGCUGGCCAUCGUGUCCACCUCGGUGCUGAACAUGCUGAUCCCCUCGGCCGCGCGCACCCACGUGGGCUGCGUCAUCGCCGGCAGUUUCGGGGUGUUCUGGUACCUGUUCUGGGUGCUGGUGUCGUACGAGAGCCCGGCCCAGCACCCGAGCAUCUCCCCCGAGGAGCGCAAAUACAUCGAGGAGAGCAUCGGCGAGAGCGUGGGCAUGGCCACUCCCCGCCCGCAGCUGGCCACGCCCUGGCGCCACUUCUUCACCUCCAUGCCCGUCUACGCCAUCAUCGUGGCCAAUUUCUGCCGCAGCUGGACCUUCUACCUGCUGCUCAUCAGCCAGCCCGCCUACUUCGAGGAGGUUUUCGGCUUCGAGAUCAGCAAGACGCGCGAGGAGUGGCAGUGGGUGUUCCUGAUCGCCGCGCUCGUGCACUACGCGGGCGUGGCCUUCUAUGGCGCCUUCGCCUCCGGGGAGCCGCAGCCGUGGGCGGAGCCGCCACGGGAGGAGGCGGAGCCGCUGGCGCCGGGAGGCCUGGGCAGCGACGACGAGGAGGAGGAGGAGGAAGGGGAGGAAGGAGGAGCAGGCGGAGCCGGCGGGGGGGGACCCCCGGGAGGUCCCCCCGCGAGUUACGGGGCCACCGGCACCACCCCGGCCCCCGGGACCCCCCAUGGGUGA